AUGCGUCUUUGUACAAUGGCAGGCGAGAUCCACAAGCUAAAAAAAGUGUAUAGGUAUGAUACAUCAUUAUCAAAAGUGAGAGUGGAGUACAGUAAAAAAAACCGAACGGUAUCAUUAGUAGAACAUAUCAAAAAAGCCAGACAGACAGACAUACAAAAAACAAAAGAACCGCCUGCAUUAGACUUCAAUAAGCACAGACUAGUUCAACCUAUUGUACAUCAUGCUAGAACGAGAAGAGAAAUAUCUACAACGAGAGACACGAGCGGUGCACAUCAUUCAGAAGUGACAGUGACGGUUCCCAUAGACGGUCAGGACUACGUGUUGGAUCUGAGAUUGAACCUGGAUCUAGUCACAGACAACCAUGUACUUAGGUACCAGAAGAACGGCAAGACUGUUGUACAUAAACCUAAGAAAGAGGAUAUAGACUUAUGUCAGUACUCGGGCACGGUACGAGGCAAGCCUGGAUCAUGGGUGGCCGUGUCCACCUGUCAUGGCGUCCGAGGCAUCGUGUUCGAUGGAGAACGGAUGAGAUACAUUGAACCAGCUGAAGGACCAAGCAUACAAUCGAACCACUACAUCUACGACCAUGGGGACUUAAACACCAACUACCAUUGUGGCUACGUCGGUGGCGUCACACAGAACGCAAGCUACGAUCCACAUCUAUUCAAGAAGUAUACCAGUGAACAGGAUCGGCAGAGAAGCAGGUACAAAAGGUACGCAUCAGACGACACACAAGUCAGAGGGCCGUACAACGCGAACAAAUUGUCUCGAUACGUGGAACUGGUGCUGGUGGCUGACAAUAGAGAGUACAAGGCGAACGGGGAGAACAUACAGACCGUGUACCGACAGAUGAAGGAUGUUGCUAAUAUUAUUAACUCGGUAUACACGCCAUUGAACGUGUUCAUAGCAUUAGUAGGAGUAGUCGUCUGGACCGAGAAUGACGAGAUACAUCUAGAAGAGAAUGGAGACAGGACUCUUAACAACUUCCUUGGGUAUCGGAAGUCCGUGCUUGUGAGGGACAUACCUAAUGAUAAUGCUCAGUUAUUGACUCGUCAAAAAUUCAACGACGGUGUAGUCGGCAAAGCAUUAAAAGGGCCGAUAUGUACGUAUGAAUUUUCUGGAGGAGUGUCGACGAAUCAUUCAGAAGUUAUCGGCCUCGUAGCCACCACCAUAGCUCAUGAGAUGGGUCAUAAUUUUGGCAUGGAACAUGACACUGAUGAUCUCUGUAAAUGUCCUGAUGCCAAGUGUAUAAUGAGCCCUUCCAGUACGUCUGUGACGCCGAUACAUUGGUCGUCUUGCAGUUUGAGCUCUAUAGCUUUGGCUUUUGAACGAGGCAUGGAUUACUGUUUGAGAAACAAACCAAAACGUUUAUUCGACUCGCCGACGUGCGGCAAUGGUUUCACGGAGCCGGGCGAGCAGUGCGACUGUGGCAGUACGUCGGACCCGCGCGCGUACAAUCCUUGCCACGCUUGCUGCGACCCCAGCACUUGUAUGCUGAGGUCCAACGCCACCUGUGGGGCUGGGAUGUGCUGCGAUUUGCAGACAUGUCGUCCAAAGUCAGCAGGCACAGUUUGUAGGUCGGCAGACCGCGAGUGUGACCUGCCCGAGUAUUGCACUGGGUACUCAGAGUACUGCCCCGACGACGUAUUCAAGAUGGACACCACGCCCUGCGGGAAGGAUGGAGAGAAAGCCUACUGUGUUCGUGGUUCGUGUCGAUCCCACACUGAUCAGUGUCGCCUACUGUGGGGUACUACUGGUGAAAGUUCUCACGACAAAUGCUAUACCAGCACAAAUGUUAAAGGAAACAAGAGCGGUAACUGCGGCUACGACCGAUUAAACCAACGCUACCUCCCCUGCAGUCCGCGCGACGCCAUGUGUGGAACCUUACAGUGUAGACAUCUCAAUGAACGACUCGAGUUUGGGAUGGAGUCCGUCGCGUUAUUGUCCGCCGUGUUUAUUAAUAAUAAUGGAACAAUCAUCCCGUGUCGCACAGCUAUCAUAGAUUUGGGUCUCAGCGAUGUUGAUCCUGGUUUGGUGCCCGAUGGUGCCAAAUGCGGCGAUGAAAUGAUGUGUUUGAACCAACGUUGCGUACCAGUAGCGGCAGUAAGAGACCGCAUAGCGACAGCCGAGUCAUCUGUCUGUCCGUCCAACUGUUCAGGACAUGGCAUCUGCAAUUCUGAAGGACAUUGUCACUGUGAAGCGGGCUUCGCCCCUCCAUUAUGUGCUCUGCCUGGCCCUGGCGGCUCCUCGGACUCUGGCCCUGCUACAGAUCCUACAAUCCAACGCAACUUCAUGGUGGCGAUGUACGUGAUAUUCCUGGGCAUCAUCCCCGGCAUACUACUGGUGCUCUUCCUCAUCUACUACUCCAAGCACAACGUGCUCCUCUGGUGGAAGAAACCUCGUAAAUCGUACGUAAACAACAUCUGUGACGGGUAUACCAAACCCAAACGACUGUUCGCUACCAGAUUCGCGAAAUUCCAAGAUAGCACAUCUUCUCUAAGAAAUUUACUAAGCUUUAAACGUAAUGAUAGUGUUCAUUCGAUCUCAAAUAUAUGUACGGAUCCCCCUCAACAAGAAACACCGAUUUAUUCCAAUUUAGAAGAACUCAAAACUACCCAAAAGUUACCGGUUAUACCAGAAAAAGUUCUGACUAAAGUGCCUUUGAAAAAACCGGUGAAAAAAAUUAAUAAGGACGAUAUUAAAAUUGCUAGUAAUAGCGAUAUUAAAACACAUAAGCCAAUUGUGGCUCCGAAACCCAAUGUCUGCGCAAACGAUAAUAAACCUAACGUCGUUAUAAUAAACCAAGGUUUAGCUUCGACGACUAAUGAGAUGGUAGUGAAUAGUCAACAUAGAAUGCAUCCUGUUGGUAGAUUGCACGAUAACAGUACUGGUACUGAUUUGUAUGUUAAUGUUAAAACUUUGCACAAAUGGAAGAAGGCCCCAUCACCGAAGAAAGCAAGCUUACAACAUCGGCUCUCGCGCAGCGCCAGCAAAUUCGCUGCCAACUUCCAAAAUAGUAAUCAAAAUAAUUCUCAACCCGUCAACGUCCAUACUCUAUCCAACCCUGAUGAUAUGAGCUCCAGUUUACUCAGAAGUGACUCGGACAGAAGUCCACCAGGGAAUAUUAACCCUUCUGUCAACUUCUUUGGCAAUUUCAAAGGUUUCUCUCUUACUCCUAUAGAAAAAAAUGCUCCCACGGAAAAAGACGAAACCGAGGUCCCCAUAGCUCCCAAACCAGUUAAAAGUGUAGCUGAUUCUAUAAACAAAAGUGCCAAAAUUACCCCUGUACAUCGAAGCGGCAGUAAUAGUCAAAGUAUUGUGAACCAAGGGGUUUUGAAACCGGUUUUGCGAAGUGCUCCCCCGCUCCCAGUGGUUCCGACAACCGCUAAAACCAGCCCGAAAUCAAGUCCUUCAGUAAAACGCACUAACAGUACAGUUCAGAAUAAGAUCAAGGCUUUAAUGAAUAAUGAUAAGACUGAAGAGGUUCCAACUACUGCCAAUCCUCCACCAAGACCUGUGAUAUCCAGUCCCAUUUUAGAAGCUUCUACUUGCACUGCUAAAGAACUAAUAUCUCCUCUACAAGGGUCAAAGACCUUAGGACCUGUAAGAGCAGCACCAACAGUUCCUAUGUCCCCAGACUUUCCCAAAAGACCUCUAAGCAUGCAUUCAGCUGGAGUACCACAAAAACCCCUUCCCGAGGAACCGAAGAAAGUCAAAGAAGGUAUAUCCUUGAACCGUAUAGCGUCAUUCCUAAAACAAGACAAGCCUAAAGAGAAAGAACGCAAUCCGGUUGAAAGAAGUCACUCUUUGCCAAAGAAUCAUAACAAUCAAGUCAAAGUUCCCAAGGCUGAUAAAGUUCCAUUAAGAAACUUGCAGAUAUCCAACCCUAUACUGCAAAAAGAGAUUGAACUUCCAGUGAAAUCAGUCCCAGUCGUAUCUGAUUCUGAAGAUGGGGAUGAUCCUAAGGCCUUUGUCAAUCGCGCACAGAGUAUGAGGGCUCCAGCAAGUCAGAAACCGGUUCUACAAAGCUUUGGUUCUAUGAGACAGGCACCAGUCGCUCCAAGGCCUUUAUCUGUAGUUGGAAGACCGACAGCGCCACCUCCUCCAUUACCAAAUAAUUCUGAGCCCGUACCGCCACCGAAUCCAAAACCGCAGCCAGAAAUUAAGUCAACCGACUAUGUUGACUGUAUUGAAGAAAAACAGGCACCUUUAGCCCAUAUAGUAGAAGAAUCACCUGACAAUAUCUACGCAGUUAUUGAGGAGAGUCCAGAGAAACACUCGAAGCCUCUUCCAGGAGUACCUCCACCAAUAAAAACCAUUCCUCAAGCUCCUCCCGAAGGCUACAAUACUCCCAAAGUGAUCCCGUCCAAUUCUGGAAGCACAGAAAGCAUGGGCUUACUCGGAGAGAUAGUUAACGAAAUACAAAAUCGUAACUUUGAAUCUAUAUACUCUGCGUCAACUCUUUCUAGAAAGAAAGAGAAGGAAAGGAAGGCUAGAGAAGCAGCAGCGAAUAAAGAAGCAAAUAGAGAUAGUACGUAUAUGAAUUCAGAGCAUUAUAAAACACCUGAGAGUGUUUAUAGCAAUUCCGGAGCCAAAUCUAAUGUGUCGACUACCAGCAGUGGAUACUUACAUCCUUCUGCUGUCAACGUACCUACUUACUUAAAGAAAGACGAACCAAAAGAAGAAGAUAAGGCCCCACCUCUACCAGGGCCGAACUCUAAAAUCCCAACUUUCUCAAGACAGGUGACGCCACCAGCCCUCAAAAACACGUCCACCUUCAGAAACGUGCCUCAAUCACCAAAAGUAACUAAAAAUAUAAACUUAAAUCCAAAAUUAUCGAACAGUCCGGAUCUGGUUUCGAGCUGUACAGUACCAGACACGAAGAACGUGAAACCUCCAGACGUUAUAAAUAACAAUAAACUACCAAACGAUACGACUAAAGUGAUGAACAAACCGGUGGUUACUGCGAAGCCGAAUGACAACCGGCCGCCUUUAAGACCAGCGCCCGCAGAACCGAAAAAAGCGAACAAAGUCACGCCACCACUUAAACCAGUAAACUCUAACUCUAAUUUAAACAAAACAGAUAAUAAAACACCGUCCACCAACCGUGCCAUUUCUAAAGUAGACUCUGUCAAAGCUAUAGCAGACAAUUUAAACAAAAAUAAACCUAAAGUAGUCCCCAAACCAACCACAGCCGUCCAAAGGACAGAUAAUAAACCCAAUCAAACAAAAUUAACGGCAAAACCAUCGAAUGUUGCCAGUUUACAGCAGAAAUUCGAAAAUAGAAAGUCGUUGGGCAAAGAGGUUGCCGUAGCAAAAAAAUAAUUUACAAAUGGCGAGUAAUUUAAUUGAGUUAUCUAGUCUGUAAAUAUAUUUAUGGCCAUUAGCGCGAGACAUGUUGGAAGUGAGUAUGGAAGGAUCUGAUUUUUACGAAGCAUUUUAUGUGAUUAGCGAAAUCGUAUUGAGAGGAUAUUGAAUUGAAUUUUGGUAUUUGGUAAAUCGUUUAUUAGUUUUGGAUGCUUGAAGUUGUGAAUAAAUAUGGCUG